AGAGCUCUCUUUUAGGUUACUAAUGCUACUCUAAAUCAACGGAAACGCCUGUAUAACAUCAAUAUAAGAUGGAUCUGCGGCUACUUUUAAUAGCAACGUUAUCAGCGGUCCUCUGUGGCAGCUGGGCACAGCAAGAGGGAAGCAUAUGCAUCAAGGCAAACGCACAGUCGUGUGGGGAAUGCAUCCAGGUGGCCGAGAAGUGUGGAUGGUGCGCAGAUGAAAAAUUCUUCACUUGGGAUGAAUCGGACCGCUGUGAUGAUCUAGAGUCCCUGAAGAAGAGAAAUUGUGCUGAGACCAAAAUGGAGAACCCACGCGGAACAUUCACCAUCGACAAGAACAAGCCCGUCACCAACCGCAAGAAGGACGUCGCCGAGAAACUGAAGCCUGAGCAGAUCACCCAGAUCCAGCCCCAGAAACUCACACUGACACUCCGAUCUGGUGAGCCCCAGAUUUUUGAGCUGAAAUUCAAACGUGCUGAGGACUACCCCAUCGACCUGUAUUACCUUAUGGACCUCUCCUUCUCCAUGAAAGAUGAUUUGGAAAAUGUCAAGAACCUCGGCACUGACCUCAUGAGGGAAAUGCAGGAGAUCACCUCCGAUUUCAGGAUUGGUUUCGGCUCAUUUGUGGAGAAGACGGUCAUGCCUUACAACAGCACCACGCCAGCCAGGCUCAUCAACCCCUGCACAGGGAACCAGAACUGCACCAGCCCAUUCAGCUAUAAGAACGUCCUGAAGCUGACAGACAAGGGAGACGAGUUCAAUCGCUUGGUCAGUCAGCAGCAGAUCUCAGGAAACCUGGACUCUCCGGAGGCGGGCUUCGAUGCCAUCAUGCAGGUGGCGGUCUGUGAGGAUCAAAUCGGCUGGAGGAACGUGACUCGUCUGUUGGUGGUUUCCACCGAUGCUGGUUUCCACUUUGCUGGAGACGGCAAACGAGACGGAGGUAUCGUCCUGCCCAACGAUGGGAGGUGUCACCUGGAGAACAACAUGUACACCAUGAGCCACUACUAUGACUACCCCUCCAUCGCCCAUUUGGUUCAGAAACUGAGUGAUCACAACAUCCAGACCAUCUUUGCUGUCACUGAGGAAUUCCAGCCUGUUUACAAGGAGCUGAAAAAUCUCAUUCCUAAAUCAGCCGUUGGCACGCUGUCCUCCAACUCCAGCAACGUGAUCAAACUCAUUAUUGAUGCUUACAAUUCUUUGUCAUCUGAGGUCAUUCUGGAAAACGGCAGGCUGCCAGAGGGAGUUUCCAUCACCUACAAGUCCAUCUGCAAAAAUGGUGUGGAGGGAACGGGGGAGAACGGCAGGAAGUGCUCCAACAUCUCCAUCGGAGACGAGGUGUCGUUCAAGAUUUCCGUUGAAUCCCAGAAGUGUCCGUCACAAGGCAAGCCCGAGGUCAUUAAAAUCAAACCACUGGGCUUCACCGAGGAGGUAGAGGUUGUUCUGAACUUCAUCUGCGACUGUCAAUGCGCCGCAAACAGAGAGCCCGACAGCGAGAAGUGCCACGAGGGACACGGGACCUUCGAGUGCGGAGCCUGCAAGUGUAACGACGGACGUAUCGGGCGUCUUUGCGAGUGCAGCAAAGACGAAGUGCGGAUAGAGGACAUGGAUGCCAACUGCCGAAAAGACAACGGUACGGAUAUCUGCAGCAACAACGGUGACUGUGUCUGCGGCACCUGCGAAUGCAAGAAGCGGGAGAAUCCUGCAGAGAUCUACAGCGGCAAGUACUGCGAGUGCGACAACUUCAACUGUGACCGCUCCAACAACAAGCUCUGCGGAGGGCAUGGCCGCUGUGAUUGCAGGAAGUGCAUCUGUGAUGCCAACUACACAGGUAGUGCCUGCGACUGCUCCCUGGAGACCGCCACCUGCCUCGCCAAGAACGGGCAGAUCUGUAACGGCCGCGGUACAUGUGAAUGUGGAAUCUGCAAAUGCACCAACCCCAAAUUCCAGGGUCCGACCUGCGAGAUCUGCCCCACCUGCCCCGGCGUCUGCGCUGAGCACAAAGACUGCGUGCAGUGCCGAGCGUUCGAGGCCGGUGAGAAGAAGGAUACGUGUCAGCGGGACUGCAGCUACUUCCAGCUGAUCAAGGUGAAGGAUCGCGACAAGCUGCCCCAGCCGACCGACCAGAGCUUCCCACUGACUCACUGCAAGGAGCGAGACGCCAACGACUGCUGGUUCUAUUCCACCUACGCCAUCAGGAACGACACCAAGGAGGUCUAUGUGGAGGAGACACUGGGUAUGAUUGGACUGCUACACUUUGCAUAAAUGAAUAUCAAAAAUUUUAAAUCAGACAGCGUCACCAUCUCUGAUACAGUAUGUUGAAUAUGAUAUAUGAAUAUUCAUCUUCACUGUAAUACUACUGAAAGAUCUUGAGUGAAAGGUACCAUAUGGAGUUUUUGACUACUACGAGCACUAUAGAGAGGUGUUU